AUGGAGCAAUCAUCUUCCUCUGAAUCAGCAACCAGACAAAAUCAAUCAAGAUCUGAUUCAAGACCUAGGUCAUUAUAUUCACAAGCUAAAAAAUACAUGAAGCAAGAAACCAUUAGUUUUUUCGGUGUGAAUGAAAGAAUUGAAGCUGCUCAGCAAGAAAAAUGGAUCGAAAGAAGGAAAAGAUUAGCCUUAAGGAAAUAUGGAUCAUUAAAGGAUGACAUACCUCUGCCUAGAUCUUUCAGGGAUUCUUUUAAUUAUCUUUAUUCUCAGUCGAGAGAUGGUUAUGGAUCUAGGCCAGAUAUUCUUCCUGAUGAAAGAGAUGAAACUGAUGCUGGUUCAGAAUGGCUAAAUAUAUCAGCUUACAAAAAACCAUCAGUUUUCCAAAUGACUUAUCGUGGAAUUGCUUAUUUAGUUACUACUUUAACACGCCGCAGACCAAGAACUCCAGAAAGAUCACGACAUUGGUCAAGAAGUUAUGCUCCGUCAGAUGUACCAAUGGUGCCUCAAGUUCAAAGACCACAGUCAUUAUCUUCAAAUGAAGUAUUUUUCAGUGCUUCUAGACCUUCAAGGGAUGAAACGGUUGCAUCUCCAGCACAAGAUGAAAUAGACAGUAGAGCUGGAGGUGAUUUUGGAAGCAGUUCAAAUCAGGCCCUUACUGUACAUCCGAUCAGGGAAGCUCAAAUUCCUUCAAGAAGUAGUAAUCAAAGUUGGCAGAGAGGAAGAGAUAGUCCAGGUACUGCCGGACCAGAAGUAGGAAGUUCUCGUAUAGAUAGUAACUUUUUGGGUAGAGCAUUUGAUAAUUCCAACAGGCGACAGUAUGGAAUGGGAAUAUUAGGACGUCUUUUUGGGAGAAAAAUGAAAAAAUCGGUGUCCAAUCAAGCACGUAUUAAAGAACAACUGGAUGAUUUAGAUGAUUAUAGACCUUAUUUUACUUAUUGGGUUACAACCGUACAAGUUGUUAUUCUUUUUAUUUCUUUAUUUACUUAUGGUUUUGGACCACCAGGAAUUGAUCUCAAUAGAAGAUCAGGAUUAGUGUCUUGUUUGGAUGAUGUCUGUGGCAUGAUUCCGUUUUACGUUCCCGAUCAUCCUGAUCAGUUUUAUAGACUUUGGACUUCAUUAUUUUUACAUGCAGGGAUUGUUCACAUGGCUGUGACUUUGCUUAUUCAGUUAUCAUUAAUGAGAGAUUUAGAAAAAUUGACGGGUCCGUUAAGAAUCGGAAUUAUUUACCUCGGGUCUGGAGUUGCUGGAAAUUUAGCAUCCGCUAUUUUUGUGCCAUAUCGAGCCGAGGUUGGACCGGCCGGAUCUCAGUUUGGAUUAUUAGCGUGCCUCGUCGUCGAAGUCCUCAACGUUUGGCCCAUGCUUCAGAGACCCGAAAAUGCCUUAAUGAAACUUUUAGGCAUCGUUUUAGUUCUUUUCCUUUUCGGUCUCCUCCCGUGGAUCGACAAUUACGCUCAUUUUUUCGGUUUCGUUUUCGGUUUCCUCCUCUCGUACGCAUUUCUCCCGUUCGUCUCAUUCGGUCCCUACGACAGAACGAAAAAAGUCACACUCAUUUGGAUUUGUCUUUUUUCCGCCGGUAUCGUUUUCGGUGCUUUAGUCGUUUUAUUUUACAUCGUUCCAAUAUACGAGUGUCAAGUGUGUAAUUAUUUCAAUUGCAUACCGCUGACGAGAGAUUUUUGCGCGGAGCAAAAUAUUAAUUUCAUAAAAAACGUAAACACGGGCGACGUCGUAUGA